GAGGGCGCCAACCAAUCGUGGGGUAGGAAUGUGUGGUGCCAGGAUAAACCUCGGAUGCCGGUCAAACUAAAUUCCGUCUUGAGCUUUUGUUCGGGGCUGUUGCAGGGCUAGAUUUGUUGUGUAAGGCUGCUGGUCGCAUUUCUUGUAGAUGCAGAAGUCAACCACCAAUUGAAAUAACAACAACAGAAACAAAAGCCGCAUCUACAACUAGUCGCAGUAAUCAAUAUGGCCCCUUCAGUCGCAGAUGCUGUUGCAGCUCUUGAUGAAAUAAAACCACCUCAAGGUGUUGUAUUACCACCAAAAGAAAUCAAAGCUAUUCUCGAGAAGACAGCAGGCUAUGUUGCGCGAAAUGGAAUUAAUUUCGAAGAUCGUAUCAGGGAAAAAGAAAGAACCAACCCCAAAUUCUCCUUCCUUAGCACCAAUGAUGCAUACAAUGCAUACUACUUAUGGCGACUCAGCGAGAUUAAAGAAGGCAGGGGAACCGCAGUUGCGGCAGGGAGGGCUGGAGAGGCGCCGGCGGAAGCAGAGAAGCCUAAAGGACCACCUGAACCACCCGAGUUCCAUUUCUCUGCGCGCAUGCCCAAUAUCAGUGCACAGGAUCUCGAAGUGGUCCGACUAACCGCUCUGUUCGUUGCGAAAAACGGUAGACAAUUUAUGACAACACUAUCCCAGAGAGAAACGGGGAAUUAUCAGUUCGACUUCUUGAGGCCUAAUCACAGUUUACAUAACUUCUUCCAGCGAUUGAUUGAUCAAUAUACUAUGUUGUUGCGAGCUAGCGGUAUGGACGGAGAAGGCGGGAAGAUGCAGCAGGAGAGAAUCACAGAGUUGCAGGCGAAUGUAGACGAUAAAUUUCACGUUUUGGGUAGAGCUAAGCAAAGAGCAGAGUGGUUCAAAUUCCAAGACGAGCAAAAACAGAAGAAGGAGGAGGCGGUUGAGAAGGAGAAGCUUACAUAUGCACAAAUCGAUUGGCACGACUUUGUCGUGGUAGAGACUGUUAUGUUCACGGAGGCUGAUGAUCAGACGAACUUACCUCCACCAACAUCACUGAACGAACUUCAAUUUGCCUCUCUGGACCAAAAGGCACAAAUGUCUAUCAACUCGACACACAUGCGCAUUGAAGAAGCCAUGCCUGGAGACGAUGGAAUAUUCGAUGGAUCAUAUGCCCAACCACAAUAUAACAUGGCUCCACCACCAGUGCCUCAACCAUCAUAUCAGCCACAAUACCAAGACCCACGCCAGAAGAAUAACGAAGAUGAGGAUGAAGAAGAACAGAGGAUACGAGAGCGAACUGAGGCUAGAGCUCGUGCUCAACAAGCACAGGCUGAAGCUAAGGGUGGCGCUGCACCUAUGAGAAUCAAAGAGAACUACGUUCCUAGAGCUGCCGCAAGAGCUGCUAAUAAGCAACAAAUGGCUCUUUGUCCUAAUUGUAAUCAACAAAUUCCUUAUGAUGAGCUUGAUGCUCAUAUGAGAAUUGAAUUACUGGAUCCUAGGUGGAAGGAACAGAAAGCGAAGGCAGAGAGCCGCUAUGCAACAACUAAUCUCUCAACGCAAGAUGUCGCUAAUAAUCUCAAACGUUUAGCGAGUCAAAGAAGUGAUAUUUUUGAUGGAGCUACAGGGCAACAUAUAACAGAAGAAGAAGCCGCUCGAAGAAAGAAGGCAGCGAAUGGUUAUGAUGGUACUCCGGUGGACAAAGCAGACAGAGCACGAUAUGAAAUGAUGCAGAAUGUGAAUGUAGAGGAGCAAAUUCGGGCGAUUCACCAGAAAUUUGGGGAUAAAAAAUAGGUUAAUGGUUGAACUGAGCACGAGGAGGAACUCCACGCUAGUAUGAAAGUGAUUGACUCGUGGAGAUAGAUCUUUUUCUCAAAUUGUAUGCGUACGUCUUAACGGAAGGAUUUCAAAACAUAGGAGCAUGGUGUUCCGGCUUGAGGAUGGGGUAUGUUUUAUGUAAAUUAUGAAUUAAUAUUUAUACAGCUACUGAGUGUUCA